CUGGGUUGUUGCCGGAAGUGACUCGCGACCUUGCCGCUUCCGGCGCGAAGAGGAGGCGAGGGGCCGGCGGGCGCUGCCUAACGGUCUGCGGUGACUCGGAGAGGAUGGCGCUGUGGCCCCCGCGCUCCCGAGGCCCCUGCCCGGGAAGGGAGGAGGAGCUGCUGCUGCCACCGCCGAGGCCAGCGAGGGCGAACGCGCAGGUUUACAAUGAUGGGAUUGAACUGGCCUGCCAACAGCAAAAGGAAUUUGUAAAGAACUCUGUGGAAUGCAAAUGGAAUUUAGCAGAGGCCCAACAAAAACUGGGCAGUUUAGCACUACACAAUUCUGAAUCUCUGGAUCAAGAACAUGCCAAAGCACAGACUGAAGUGGCCGAGUUGAAGUGGAGGGAGGAAGAGUGGCGGCGGAAGGAAGAGGCGUUAAGGCAAAAGGAAAGGCAGGAUCUGUGGAACACUGACUUUGUUAGCAGGGAAGUAUUUAAUAAGAGUUUCAUCAAUCAAAAGAAAAGAAAAGAAACGGAGGAUGAUGUAUCUAAAUCAUUCAUGCAAAAACAUGAGCAGAAGAUUAGACAUUUUGGCAUGCUGAACAGAUGGCUUGAUAGCCAGAGAUUUCUCUCUGACCACCCAUACCUUGUUUGUGAAGAAACAGCUAAAUACCUCUUCUUAUGGUGUUUCCAUCUAGAAGCAGAACAGAAAGGAGCUCUGAUGGAACAAGUGGCUCACCAAGCAGUGGUGAUGCAGUUCAUUAUAGAAAUGGCCAAAAGCUGUAAUGUGGAUCCACGAGGAUGUUUUCGUCUUUUUUUCCAAAGAGCUAAUACAGGGGAAGAAGGCUAUUUGGAAGCUUUUAAAAAUGAACUUGAAGCAUUCAAAGCAAGAGUGAGAAUUUGUUCGCAACCACAGAACUUUCAAGCUACACCCAUUCAGAACUCCCCAUUUCAUCCGGAUCUCAGUUGUAUAGGAGGGCUUACAUCUUUUUCACAGAAUGCAGAUUUACUUCAGGGUUGCAAUUUAAACUCAGUGGUACACAGAGAGGAUGAAGAACCCAAAAUGAUGGAUACAGUAUAGUACUCCUAAGACUCAGCCAGUAACUUUUAUUAAAGGAGAAGAAUGUCAUGACUUUGAGACAUUUUUAUGGGUGCUGCACUUUAUUUUGAGUGUUUGUUGUCUGGAGAGAGGGUAAUCCAAAAACACUCUUUACCUUUUGUUUAGAAAAUAUGCUGCUAUGUUUUAUCUCAGUUUUUUUAGGAGAAGGGAAUUCCUGUAUGUUGAGGAAUGUGAAACUGGAUGUUUUCUGCUACUACUACUAAACUUUGCCUUUCAAAUUUUAGGAAUCAAAGUAUAAGAAAUAAUUUGCAUAUUUGCAAUGUUUACAAAUGAUUGAUUCUUGGAGGAAUCUGCUUUAAUCUUACUAGAUAUCCCCACUCUGGAUGCUAAAAUCAUUGUAAUAUGUUCUACUGUUUGUAUAGUCAGUGUUUAAAUCUGAUUUUAUCAAGACUAGCAAUAAAUCAGUGGUAGCUAUUAAUACUGUAGAUCUGCUUGGCUCAGAUUAAAGUACUGGCCUUUUAAUUUUACAGGUAUGAGUUUUUUCUUUUUUUUCCCUUUUGGACAAAUCCCUUUAAUAUUUUCUUCUACCACUUAUCUGUUUUGAUGUGUAAAUGGCAAUUAUGAUCUUGAAUAUAAACAGUAUUGUUAAAAGCUGUCAGAGUAUAAAAUACUUUGUAGAGGCCUACCUGCAGAAAAGCUAUUUGUCUUUGAAAGAGAACUGCCUGACAAACAUUAGUCACUGGCAAGUAUACAGGAUGAAGCAAAAUCAGUACUACUUGGUUACCUUUCUACCUUAAGAAUAUUCGUUUACAGUAAUAAUGAGCAUUUAAGGAAAUUCAGGUGCCAAACUGACUAAAUAUGUUAUCAGUGACAUCUUGUGAAUGUGAGGCUUAAAAUAAUUCUAUUUCAGUAUGCUUUUUGGUGCUUCAGGUCAUAUUACCAGUUGACUAUUUUAAAACCUGGAACAAAUAAGGAAUGACUUUGAGAAAUUCUGGGCUCUAAUAUGUUGUCAGUGUAGAACAGACACUGUUACUUUCCUCCUGUAUAUUGCUUAUGUGGUGUCACCUUCUACUGCUGAGUCAGUAUGCUCUGUCAGUAUUAAGUCAACUUUGAUGUGGGAUGAGGGCGACAUGUUGAGAAUAUGAAUGUGUUGUUACUGUAUUCUGUCAGUUCACAGCCAUACUCAUUAAGUGGCUUUCCAAUCCUGAAGUAUCAUGGCUUGAAUCAGUUUCCAAAUCAGAAAAGUGUUGUAGAUUUUUAUUUUUGCCCCCCCCCCCCCCCCGCAAAAAACAAAAACAAAAAUUGGCUCUCUUUUUGUAUUCAGCUAGGAAGUCAGAUAAAUCAUGUAAGCCUCUUGUUGAGCUACUGAGAAGUCAGAGAUAUGCACAAGUUGUGCAAGAUUACACAUCUUUGUUUUCUCAUUAACAAGGAGAGAAACUCCUUUUUAAACAGAACACAGUUUUAGCAACGAGAAGCAUUAUGAGAGAAAACAACAGUCACAACUCAAGCCACAGUUCUGCUGGAGUCCAUGUAAUUUGUUUAAAACCUGGGCUAUGUGUGGAGCAUACCUCAGUCUAUAAAAGUUUCUAGCUAAAAAAAUGUUUUGGAUCCACAUGCUACUAUGGCCUAGAAUUUGACAUUAGGUGAAAAGAAGGUAGUAAUUUCUUUAGAUGUGACAGCUGUUAAACCCGGUCUACUGCUGUGGAAAUCACAAAGGGUAAUAUUGAUUGUAAGCUAUUGAUGGAAGGAAAUCAUGACUAGCAAUUUUAUGUCUUGUCUUAAGACAAUAGCAGAUGCCUUGAUGUUUAACCCAAGAGAGAAGAUUGUCAAAAUUGUACAUUAAUCUCUGGGGAUUUCAUAUAAAUAACACUGAGUGCAUGGAAAGACUUCUUCCAUGUAAAGAAAUGUACUUUGUACUGUAUAGUAGCUUCCUUUAACAACCUUGCCUGUAUAUUAAAUAAAACUUAUUAACGUUUUA